CUGCCCCAAAAUGAAAACACCACCCACAAUCCCACGAGGCCACAAACGCUCCCCCCUCCUCCUCCCUGCCGCUCCCAAUCCUCUCCGCUUCCCAGUUUGAUUCCCCUCUCAGUUCUAGAAGCCGCCAUGGCCGCGGCAGCAGCUGCGCGCCGGAGCGCCGCGCUCCCUCGUGGCCGGCCCUGACGGGGAGGAAGCUGCCGAAGCUGCCGCUCUGUCUGAGCUCGCUCGCCGCCUUCUUCGUUCGCUCCGAGCUGGCUGCCUGAUUGAUUGGUACGGGCGCGCUCUGGCUCCUGGCCGCGGGGAGGAUGACGAGGGGAGGUGCAGGACCAGGGGGAGGCAGGGAGGAGCAGGGGAAGGUGAUGGGCCCACUGUUCCCGCGCCUCCACGUCAGCGACGCUGGCAGGGGCGGCGGCCCGCGGGCGCCGCCCAGGAAUAAGAUGGCGCUCUACGAGCAGUUCACCGUGCCGUCCAGCCGCUUCAGCUCCUCCGCCGCCUCCGCCCGCGCCGCGGGGGGCAGCCUCGUGCCCUCCACGUCGGCCAGCCAGGUUUAUAGUUAUGACCGGCCUCUGUUCCAGCCCUUUGAUGCACCUUCAAAUGAACCUGCUCGUUCAUCUGAAAAGUUCAAAGGAAACUCUAUCAAUGGGCAGUCUAAUAAUAGCACAAGAAGAGAAUCAGGGAGGAUGUCCUCACAGACCAAGAACAAUGACGCUUGUGCUUCAAAAUCAAUUGCCGCGUGCACCUCACAGUAUAGAGUGGGCAACGUCAUUAAGAAUUCUUCUGUGAAGAAAGUGGCCAAUAAUGAUGAAUUUAUGGUUCCUUCCAUCUGUUCUCCCAUAUUUUCUCAAUGUUCUACUCAAGGGAAUGCAGGGGUUCAAGACAAAUCAAGGCCACUAUCUGCUACAAAUCCACACAAAAAUCCUUCAAUGCCCAAAUCAUAUGCAGAAUGUUAUAAUGCUGUGAAUAGGCACUUGGAGAGAAUCGACGAAUCUGAUAUGAGAUCAAUGAGCUAUCCAAAGGCUAAGGAGAAAGAACCAGUAGAAGGGUCAAAAAAUGUGGAAGUUCAAGAAAAAAGUUCUUCUGUUCAGGCAUCCAAAGAAAAAUUCAAAAAGAAAGAUGCUAAAACAUGUCAAAUGGGGGAUAAUGCGAGCCAUACAAAUAGUUCUGAUAAUCCAAAUCUUGGGAAUAGCGGGCGUCAACCUGCAAGAAUGAAUGGAAGUUCUAUUGCAGCAAAGAAGUCUACAACUAGAAAUACAGUGCCUUGUAAACCAAGUACUGAUUUAAAUAACUCUAACCAGAAUUCUAAUUUACUGGAAAGAAGUUUGCGGGAAGCUGGUGCAAAGAGAAAACGAGGACAUCGUAAUGUAGAGCAAAAUGAUGAUUUAUCUGAUGACUCGGUGGAAUGCAUGCCUAGUUGGGAGGUCUCUCCGGAUGAACUUGUUGGUGCUAUUGGUCCAAAGCACUUCUGGAAGGUUAGAAGAGCUAUUCAGAAUCAGCAGAGGGUUUUUGCUGUCCAAGUAUUCGAGCUUCAUAAGCUGAUAAAAGUGCAGAAGUUAAUUGCAGCAUCUCCACAUUUGCUUAUUGAAGGCGAUCCUGUCCUUGGCAGUGCCUUAGUGGGAAAGAAGACCAAACUGCCUAAAGGAAAUUUGAAAGUGCAAGCUGUGUCAAUUGCAAACAAGGAUGAUAUCCAGCUAACUCUAGAGCAACCGGAGUUAUCAAAACAAAACACCGACUCAAACCCACCAUCCCCUUCUUGUGAUGAUGGGCUUGGGGGCAACUGUCAGGACCAAGCUGCAACAGACGAAACAUUCACACGCAACCCUCUGGCUAUGCCUGCUGCUCCUGAUAACAAACAGAAUGACUGGGGCAUGAAUCCACCACAGAAUCAAUGGCUUGUCCCAGUUAUGUCUCCCUCUGAAGGUCUUGUCUAUAAGCCUUAUGCUGGUCCUUGUCCCCCAGUUGGAAGUUUGCUGACUCCAUUUUAUGCCAACUGUACUCCGUUGAGGCUCCCGUCUUCACCAUAUGGUGUUCCUAUGCCUCAACAGCCACAACAUAUGGCCCCUCCUGGUGCUCCUGCCAUGCAUAUGAACUACUUCCCGCCUUUCAGUAUGCCAGUGAUGAACCCAGGGGCACCAGCAUCUGCAGUCGAGCAAGGAAGACAUCCUGGUGCGCCACAGCCUCAUGGGCGCAUGGAACAGCAGUCACUGAUCUCGUGCAACACGUCGCAUCCGAGUGGCAUUUGGAGAUUUCAUGCGUCAAGGGACAGUGAGCCGCAAGCCAGCAGUGCCAGUAGCCCUUUUGAUAGGAUUCAAGUUCAAGCUGAUGGAAGUGGCCCGGUGUCAGUUUUUCCCACGGCUCCAGCUCGGAAUGCCCAGCCUCAGCCCUCAUACGGUAGCCGGGACCAACAGAACAUUGUGAUCAGGGUUGUCCCACAUAACGCGCAGACUGCUUCGGAGUCUGCAGCACGGAUUUUCCAGUCAAUACAGAUGGAGAGGCAACAAAACGACUUGUAGCUGGUGAAUGGUGACCAUAUACUGUUAUGUCGUCCCGAGCUCUAUAUUAUGGUAGCUCCUAUAUUGUGACCAGUGAUUGCACUUACCUGAUAGUUGUCGAGUCGAUGAUACGAUCUUCUGUUCACUGUAGAGUUGCAAUGCAGAGCCUGUGCCAAAGUCAAGGCGCGGAAGUUAUGAGCCUUUCAUGAUUGUGCAGUGACUGGAAUUGGUAUAUAUAGGAUCCUUCCAUUGUGUUCAGCUGACCAGCAGUAUUUCUGUAACAUGCAAUAGACAGUGAGUGGUACAGUAUAGGAACAAGCAGUCAGAAACGCCUGUCGGUACGAGGGGAUAGACUGGUUGGUGUUUACUGGUAGUAUAGACUGCUGUACACUUCAGUGUUUUAUCUAUGUUGUACAGUAACUGUGCAAGCAUGUAACCGUAAGGCUUUCUGGGCAAUGAAUCGGAUUGCAAGAAUUAUCAUGCUGGAACCAUCUUUUGCCC